AUGGCUUCAAAGUUUCGCCGUCUGUUCCGGCGAGCGAAGAAAACCAAGGAAUCGAAUCCGUCAAACGACGAAGAACAGGUACCAGAAUCUGUACAGGAGGAUCUUUACGAAGAAAGGUUAAAGUGGUCACCUGGAACUAAAGUGGUUGGAAUGUAUGAUUUCGAGGAAGAAAAUACAGAGGAAUUGUCGUUUAGAAAGGGAGAAGUUCUCGUCAUUGAAGGGGUUACUAAGGGUAUCAACUGGAAUUUACAGCAUAGGAAUAUUGUGACAUUACUUGGAGUGUCUUUGGCCAAAAACCCUCUUUACCUUGUGACAGAGUUUUGUGCCAGGGGAAAUUUGUUGGAAUUCUUGUCGAGAACAGGCUCAGGUACACUCCAAGAAGACGAUCUUGUGAGACUUGCUAAGGAUGUAGCUGAUGGUAUGAAGUAUUUACAAUCCAAAGAUGUGGUUCACAGGGGGUUAAUGGCGAGGAAUAUUCUGAUCCAUGAAGAUGGAACAGCAAAAGUGUCAGAGUUUGGACUCGCACAGGUACCAUCUUUAAGCUCUGAGCGGAAAAAUACUUCUGACGAGUGGACAGCUCCAGAGGCAAUCAGGCGGGGGAUAUUUUCCUCUCUGUCCGAUGUAUGGAGUUAUGGCGUCUUAUUAUGGGUGCUUUUUUCGUUUGGUGAAAAUCCGUGUUCCGACCUGAUCAUUUAGUCGACGAGAUCGAAAGAGGAUAUCGAAUGGAAUGUCCUAAAGGAUGUAAUACCGUCCUCUAUGGUAUGAUGAGCAAUUGCUGGGAUAUUAAUCCAAAGGAACGUCCAAAUUUCAAAGAGAUUUGUAAAUUAUUGGCUGAUUUUUAUUACGGUUAGUAUUCUCAUGUAUUAUAACUGUGCCAUAAAUUUUUCCACUGAAAUCUCUUUUGCAAUGUAAAAACUUUCCGGA